CUGGAAUGGAGAGAGGCGGGAGAGAGUUGGCUCGUCUCCCCCAGGCAGAGCGACUCCGUCUCUGAGCCGGGCCAAGUCUAUUUAGGAGACUGUUAGUAUUGGGGGGGGGGGGGGGGGGGGAUGUUGAUUCCCAAAAUGAAUAACCAUGACAGAGACACUUUAAUCUGCUGACAAGUGAAGUAGCGAGUCCAUAUUCUCUCCCAAAGCGCCUCGCAAGAGAAAGCAGUACGAACACGAUUUGAUGUGUUCAGCAUUGGGUUUGUUCGUGCGUGUGUGUGUUUGUGCGCGCGUUUCUGACAUUCCCCCUCUGUUCCUUGGCAGGUAGCUGGGGAGUAGUUUCCCAGUGAGAGAGAGAGAGAGAGUAGAGGACUGCUCCCCCUUCUUCUCCUCUUCCUCCUCCUCCCCACCCCACUCCCUCCCUCCCCCCCAAGACAUGCAUAGCAAGAACCAGAAGCGUCACGGCUCCCCGUGCCCCUCCCGGGCCCCACUGGUCCCCAUGAAGCCCAAGGUGUCUGUGGCCCCCAGCCCAGGGGACACACUGGCCUUCAGGGUGCCCAGGGACUACCCCCACUCCCGCUUCAGCAAGGCCCCUCUGGCGGUGUACCCCCCCAAGGGAGCCCGCGGCAGGACAUGUGUGUCCUUGCCGGUGGUGAGCCUGGAGAAGAUGCCUUGUCUGGGCCGAGCGGAGGGAGGCGCCCAUGUCCGAGUCAGCUGCUCCCCCUCCACGUCCUCCCCUUCCUCCUCCUCCUCCUCCCUCAAAGCCUCCUCCACCCCAUCUUCCCACUGCACCCAGGAGAGGCUGGCGAACGGCCGCGGGCCCCCCACCCCGCGCCCCUCUGCCUCCCCGUCGCCCUCGGACGGGCGGCCCGGCCCGGCGGCGCGCUCCCCGCUGGACAAGCCCUUCCCCUCGCCGCUGGACCGCCGCCACUCCCAGUUGGCCUCCCCCCGCCCUGCCCCGCCGCUCCCUUCGCCCUCACCCUCCCCCCGCCCCGCCGCACCCCUGCCGUCGCCCGCGAAGAAAAAGCAUCCGAACGACACCAAGAGCGCCAGGCCUCACAAGAGGCUCUCAGGACGGGUGUUUGACCCGAACAAGCACUGCGGGGUUCAGGACCCUGAGAGCAAGAGGCAGUGCACGCGCUCCUUGACCUGCAAGACUCACUCGCUGACCCACCGGAGGGCGGUGCCCGGGCGCAGGAAACAGUUUGACGUCCUCCUGGCCGAGCACAAAGGUCGCUCCAAGGAGAAGGAUGCGGAGAAGGACGGAGCGAAGGAGAGGGAUGGCAGCCAGGUCAGGAGGGAGAGCCAGGGGCCCGGUCUGGGCCAGGCCGCGGCCCCGUCGCUGGACGCGGCACCGACGCCUCCAACUCCCAGCAAGCCCUCCCACCUCCACAACGGCCGGACCGUCUCCACGCUCAGGCUGCGGCUGGCCAACGCACACAUCCCCAGAGUGCCUGGUGCCGUCGGGGGGGCCUCGGCCUCGAGCUCCGCCCCCCUCCAGCCCCCGUCCUCGGCCUCCGACGGCGGCGGGGCCAGCUGGGUGAGGGUCAGCGGGAUGGACGGACGGCCCUCCAGCGACGAGGGGGAGGGAGACCCGGCCGAGGACCCGGACAGCCUGGCCUGCCCCUCCUCCCCUCACCACCCUCGACCCCUGGGGUGCUGUGCGUUCAGCAGCAGACUAUUGGGAAGGGGUCACUAUGUGUUUGACCGCCGGUGGGACAAGAUGAGGCUGGCACUGCACUACAUGGUGGAGAAGCACGUCAACGCACAGAUGUGGAGGAAGGUGCCCCUGGCCGCAGAGAACCCCACCCCCCCCCAGCCCCCCACCGCCACCCCCCAGCCCCAGUCACCCUUCUCCAUCCCCCUGGGUCAUCCCUUCUCUUCAGUCCCCCCCCCUUCCUCCUCCGCGGCCGCCUCCUCGUCAGAGGGCUUCUCCUUGGUGUCCUACGCUCCAGCCUUCCCACAGGCAGCGUCCGGGACAGGGGUGUUCAACCUCCGCGACCCCCCCCGGCCCCCGGAACCCGUGUCCCCUGCCCAGGGAAGAGCCCGCAACGGCGCCACCAAGACCAGCCGCCUCCCCAGGGAAGGCCACUUAGAAGGGGCCAAAAGGAGGAAGAUCUCCUCUUCCUCCCUCCCCAGCGCUGACCCCGCCCUGAGGAACGGGAGCAGCAGCAGCAGCCACCCCUCCGCCUCCCCCCUCCCCAGCCCGGGGCCUCCUGUCCCGGCCGGCCGGAGGAAGGGGAUGGGGCGUGCUGGGAGCGGGCCGGUGGCUCGGGCCGUGGACUGGUACCCUUGCGCCGAGCCCGCCGCCCCUUACCCUCCCCCAGCCAGGGACCCCGCCCUGCCUUUCUCCUCCGGCCUCCAGCCUCCGCCGCCACCACCGCCUCCUCCUCCCCCCUCCAGCCCCCUGGCCUACGGAGGCGGAGCCGAGGGCAGGAAGAGGAGGAGCCCCAGCUCGUUCGGAGAGAGGCCCAGCAAGGUGAGCAAGGCCUCGGGGCUGGAAGCCAUCUUCAGGAGGAGCGGAGGCCUGCUGUCGGCCGGGCCCGACUCACCUCGACAGCCCAAGAUGCACCAUUGAGGCCGCUAUGACGAACAGACCGAAUGUUUGGCAGCUGUAGUAUCAAUACGACAAGACUCUGGUCCAUCAGCCAAUGGCAGUGCAGCUCACACGGUGAGAGGGAACCUGGGACUUGGAGUCCACGUGGGCUCCUCCCCUCGCACACCUCUGUGCCCGUAUAUAGACUUGUGGUCCCUCCUCCUAACUCCACCUCUAACUGGAUCAACCAAUGGAGUGGUGUAAAUGGUGGACGCGGUCAUUUAGGAACACUCAGAUGAAGACAAGAGAGAGAUAUAUCACAGACUACCCUCUAAUAAGGGAAAUUUGCUUUGGUUUUAGUUUGGCAUCGUUAUCACCGCUGUACAUUUUUUGGUUGAUUUACCAAUCAAGUUUGUAGAUUCUUGUUACUUCCUGUUCCUGUGUUGGUCAGGUGACCAGAAAGGCAUCCUUAUUUCUGUGUUGGUUGGUUGGAAGUACCUACCUGUGAGAGCCUCCUGUUUAGGCCCACAAUCCUUUGAAGCUCAUCCGUCUGUCUUUGUUUCCAUCUCUCUCUCUUUCUCUCAGCCUGUCUCAACUUUGCUCGCUCUCUCUCCUUUUUCCCCCCACUAUAUUCAACCCCGCCCUACUAGCAUGCCUGCGUUUAAAGUGCACUUACUCCCCUUCCCCCUCCUGGACUCCACAACAGACCAGAACCAAGCAGGCCACAGCCCCACACAUGGACCUGUCCAAACCAGGGAAGAACUUUACCCAAUAUAGGAAGAAUUCAGGUUUUUUGAGGAUUGUAACAUUGUUGUUUUGUCUCUAAAGUUGCACGAAACACAGUGUCGGUGUUUCCUAACUUGCAUCCUAAAGGAAAAAGCUACGGUGUUGGUGGUGUUCUUUCUUAAAAAUUGUAUUUAUCAUGUUCGUAAUUAUUUUCUUACUGUCCAGAGCAGAGCUACAGAUGCUGUUGGGCAAAAUAUAAUUGUAUUUCAUAAAAAGAAAUGAAAGUUGGAAGUAUUAUUUUAGAGUUUCAUUUUGUUAAAUGUGUACAUAUCUUUUUGGUUAUUUUUGUAUUUAUUAAUAAUUCUCCCAGUACUAAAAGAACUAAAGAUGAUGUGUCUUGGCCUUCCGGGUCUGUCUGUAUAAAGAUCUAUUGAGAUGGUUUAGUUUUGUAGAGGGCCUCAUGUAUCUUUUUGCCUGUGGGUUGAUCUUUUUUUAAGCCUUCUUCCAAUGUUCAACUUUGUUUUUUUGUUUUCUAUGUACCUCUGGUUCAACACUCUGUCGUGUGACGCUUACAAUAAGUGUAUGAUGUGUAGCAAGUUCCCCCGCUUGGUACCUGCCAAACCACCCCUCAAGGAAUAUUCCGGCAAUUUAACAGUCGCACCUUGCCUGCAAAGUACAUUUGUGACACUUUUUUCAACAUUUUUGUCUAAUAAUGCAUAUGUAUAGCGUUGACUAAAAAGCAAUGCAACAGAACCAGUCUCAAACUGACUUAAAUAUCUAGUCUGACCUUUUCAGUUGAUCUAAUGCGGCGAAGGCAUUUUAUGUAUUUGUUGCUUCAGAAGUUUUUCCGUCUUUUUCUUAUAUUCAUGGAUGGAGAGGGAAGGAAUACAAAGGUGCAGAGGUUAAGCGGUAGAAUAGACCUUCAAAAUGCAGCCACUGUGCACCACAGCGUCGACAGCGAUGAGCAUGACACUCGGGCUAUGGCCAUGGCACUGCCCCCUACAUGCCCCCUGUGCCUGUGCGUUUGCAGGUCAAAAGUGAUGUGCAGUUGAUGAGACCGCGCACCUGGAACUAAGUGAACACUCUAGAGAACUCUUCCUAUUCUUUUUGCACUUUGUCAUACACCCAGAUGUUUCAUCUGCUUCGAUUUAUAUAGAUAUAUGAAAUAUAUAUUUGUAAAAACAAAAGUAUUGUCAAAUACUGUCGAUAAGGAAUUUGAUAUUCCUCGCAAAUGAAGAAUCGAUGUUGCGCUGUGGUGUGCUGGCCCCCCUAUCAAGCUCUGUUGAAUGUAUAGAGUAAGGUCCGUUUCCCCAAGGAGAAGCGUGCGUACUGUUCAUAUUUACACCCUCGGCCACAUUCUAAUACCUUGGAAAUGCACCCUAGAUGAUUUGAGGAGUUAAGGCCAGUCUGUUUCCACCUACAAAUGGUGGAUCAGUUGUUGAGAGAAGGAAAAGUGCAUUCUUACAAGUUUAGGAUCUGAGCCCCCCUUUUGCCGUAGAGCCAUCAUCUCUAGGCUGUCAGAGGCCUAAGUGUUUGCUGGUUAUUUCCUUUCUAGGAAACUCCAGUGUCACCAACAGAGAUGAUAGUAUAAAGCUAAGAAAAGUGGCUAGAUUGAAUUAUUAAGGCCCGGCUACGUCGCUAGGCAGAACCCCCUGUUUGCCUGUGUCUUUCCCUAGGAACAAAAACUUGGCCCAUUACCCAAUGUAUUUGCUCCCAAUACAUCAUUGAUUCCAAACCCGACACCUUAAUUAUGCUCCCCCCAUGGGUAAUGAGAUUAGACGUUGUCCAUGGCAAUGGACAACGUCCACAGAAUGUUGCACAUUAUAUGUAAUAUCAAGUCCAUGAUCCAUCCUGUUCCUGAUCCCUGGUGUGUUUCAGCAUGCGUGUUUCUGUAUUCCUCUCACUCUGUGUGUGUGUGUGUGUGUGUGUGUAUUCUACUGCUAGGACCUUCAUUGGACUUGCUUCCUUCAGGUGAACAGCACUGUCUUCAGUCCUGAUUGUUACCCUGGCUCUAAAUAGCUAGUUUACUGACUGGAGAAUAUACAGUAAAUAUUCCUCAGAGGUUAGGUCAAGGCGGUAGGGAGAUUGGUAGAGUACUUUGACGCAGGCUCAUGUUACCAAGCUGUAGGGGAAAGGAUGUCUCUGUAAGGCCUUAUUUUUAUACAGACUGUAAAUAAAUCUGACCCCAUAUAUGAGGUUGAUGAAAUUGCUACACUUCCUAGGUGUUGUCAAUGAUGUGCUUUUUACUUCUGGGUUUUUGUUCCUCAUAUCCUCUUGGCCCUGUGGCUUUUUUAGCAAUGGAAUUAGUGUAUUUUCAGGUUUGACUGUUUUGGAUUUGAAAUAAAUCGAAUACAUUUUUUACCUGCA